UCAAAUUGCGGCCACCGCGGGAGCCGGCGCUGUUGGAAGUGAGUUGUUUGGGGACCACUUGGACCGCGUCCCCGAGGUUGCUGGCAUUGCAGAGGGGCGACGUACGUGUUGGGGAAGACGAACAGAUAUUUUUUUGAAAACGAUACAUAGAAAAUGGCUGGAAGUCAAAUGAGCAUACAAAGAAGAGCUUAGAUUCUUAAUAAUUUUCGUUUUAAAAUAACUUGCUUCCAAAAUGUCAGUACACACUGCUCAUAAUAGAAAUAAUAAUGAAGUCCUUCGAGUUCCUUCUUCCUCCAAGAGGUCAUCACCGAAUGCACUCACCGACAGUAGCCAACUUAAGCUGCAUUUGAAAUUAGAUAUGUCAGAAUGUGAAAAUGAUGAUCCAUCGUUGAGAUCUGCAGGUCAAAUCAGAGACAUAAAUAGAACUUAUGUUAUUUCUGCCUGUAAAAAAACAGGAGAUAUGCCUCUUACUCCUAAUCCUGUGGGUAGAUUGACACUUCAGAGAAGAGCUACAAGGAACAAAGAGUCAUCUUUACUUGGCUAUGAGUUGGGAGACACAACUGAAAAAACAGAAAAUCUUACAUUACAGCGACGUGCUAAAGCAGAUUCUGUGGAAAAAGGGAAAACAACACAGAAUGUGGGAGAUGAAACAGAAAAAAGAUAUGCUUCACUGGAAAUUAGGACAAAUGUGAAGAUUAUAAAUAGUGACAAAAACUGUUUUGUUGCAUCCUCUGCACAUUUAGCUGAAGACCCAAAAGACAUUGAAGCUAUGGUUGAUGGGAAACAUAAAGAAACAUUUUCUGUCCCUAGUGUGGCAAAUGAAAAUGUUACACUGAAUCACUCAAGGAAUAGAGCACCCAGUGGCUCCCAGGGUUCAACUGAAAUUGUUAGAUCAGAAUACUUGGCAGUGAAAACUGUUCAGAACAAGUCUGAUAUCAAAGUGUCAGGAACAGGGAACUUAUAUCAUAGAAAUAUGGGGAAGGAUGCAGCAAAAGAUUCAAAUAAAUUUGGAAGCCUCGAAAAAAGAACCCCUGUGAAAUGUAUAACGGAACACAAAUUGACACCAAAGCACAGCACACCUCAGUUUAAGAGCCCAGCUACAUCAAUACUGAAAAAUAGGGUGCAGAACCUGCAAGUUAAGCCAAGUCCCAAAAUAUCCCUUUUUGGAAAUAAAAGGGAAAGGUCACAAGAAAAUACACUCCCUCCUGAAGAAGAAACUAUAGUUCCGAACACCACUACAGAAAUAGAUGCUUUGAAAGUGGAGAAUAGUCAAGUGACAGUCGCAGUACGUGUGAGGCCUUUCAGCAAAAGAGAGAAGAUUGAAAAAGCAUCCCAAGUGGUCUUCAUGAAUGGGGAAGAAAUAUCUGUGGAACAUGUGGACAUGAAACAAGUUUAUACUUUUAUUUAUGAUGUUUCAUUCUGGUCUUUUGAUGAAUGUCAUCCUCGUUAUGCCAACCAGAAGACAGUCUAUGAGACACUGGCGGCACCACUCCUAGAAAGAGCCUUUGAAGGAUACAAUACCUGUCUCUUUGCUUACGGUCAGACUGGCUCUGGAAAAUCAUACACGAUGAUGGGAUUUAGUGACGAACCAGGAAUAAUUCCAAGAUUUUGUGAAGACCUUUUUGCUCAAGUAGCCAAAAAACAAACCCAAGAGAUCAGCUAUCACCUUGAAAUGAGCUUCUUUGAAGUAUACAAUGAAAAAAUUCAUGACCUUCUGGUUUGUAAAGGUGAAAAUGGGCAGAGGAAGCAACCACUGAGAGUAAGGGAGCAUCCUGUUUCCGGACCAUAUGUUGAAGCACUGUCGAUGAAUGUUGUCAGUUCUUACUCUGAUAUCCAGAGUUGGCUAGAAUUAGGAAAUAAACAAAGAGCAACCGCUGCCACUGGCAUGAAUGAUAAAAGCUCCCGUUCUCAUUCAGUUUUUACCCUGGUGAUGACCCAGACCAAGACAGAAUUUGUGGAAGGGGAAGAACAUGACCACAGAAUAACGAGCCGCAUAAACUUGAUAGAUCUGGCCGGCAGUGAGCGCUGCUCUGUAGCCCACACUAGUGGAGAUCGACUGAAGGAAGGUGUGAGCAUCAACAAAUCCUUGCUAACUUUGGGAAAGGUUAUAUCUGCACUCUCUGAACAAGCAAAUGGAAAGAGGGUUUUUAUUCCUUAUCGUGAGUCUGUACUUACAUGGCUAUUGAAAGAAAGUCUAGGUGGAAAUUCAAAAACUGCAAUGAUUGCUACGAUCAGUCCUGCUGCCAGUAACAUAGAAGAAACAUUAAGCACACUUAGAUAUGCUAACCAAGCCCGGAUGAUAGUCAACAUUGCCAAAGUAAAUGAAGAUAUGAAUGCUAAGUUAAUUAGAGAAUUGAAAGCAGAAAUUGAAAAGCUAAAAGCUGCUCAGAGAAACAGUCGGAACAUUGAUCCUGAACGAUACAGGCUCUGUCGGCAAGAAAUAACAUCCUUAAGAAUGAAACUGCAUCAACAGGAGAGAGACAUGGCAGAAAUGCAAAGAGUAUGGAAAGAAAAGUUUAAACAAGCUGAAAAAAGAAAACUUGAAGAAACAAAGGAGUUACAGAAAGCUGGAAUUACAUUUCAAAUGGCCAACCACUUGCCAAACCUUGUUAAUCUCAAUGAAGAUCCACAACUAUCAGAGAUGCUGCUGUAUAUGAUAAAAGAAGGAGUAACUACAGUUGGAAAGUAUAAAUCAAACUCAAGCCAUGAUAUUCAGUUAUCUGGGGUGCUGAUUGCUGAUGAUCAUUGUACUAUCAAAAACUUUGGAGGGACAGUGAGUCUUAUCCCAAUUGGGGAAGCCAAAACAUAUGUAAAUGGAAAAGAUAUUUUGGAACCUACAGUAUUACAUCAUGGUGAUCGGGUGAUUCUUGGUGGAGAUCAUUAUUUUAGAUUUAAUCAUCCUGUUGAAGUCCAGAAAGGGAAAAGACCAUCCAGUAGAGAUACUUUUAUAAGUGAGGGUCUAAAAGACUUUGAAUUUGCCAAAAAUGAGUUACUUUUGGGACAGAGAUCACGACUUGAAGCCGAAAUAAAAGAAGCACAGUUGAAGGCAAAGGAAGAAAUGAUGCAGGGAAUUCAAAUUGCAAAAGAAAUGGCUCAGCAAGAGCUUUCUUCUCAAAAAGCUGCAUAUGAAAGCAAAAUACAAGCCCUGGAAACAGAACUGAGAGAAGAGUCUCAAAGGAAGAAAAUGCAAGAAAUAAAUAACCAAAAGGCUAAUCACAAAAUUGAAGAAUUAGAAAAGGCAAAGCAACAUCUUGAACAGGAAGUAUAUGUCAACAAAAAGCGAUUAGAAAUGGAGACUUUGGCUACGAAGCAGGCUUUAGAAGACCACAGCAUCCGCCAUGCAAGAAUUCUGGAAGCUUUGGAAAAGGAAAAGGAAAAAAUUGCUAAAGAAGUACAAAUUCUACAGCAGAAUCGGAGUAAUAAGGCUAAAACUUUUAUAAUUCAGCCAAAUUGGAGCUCCAUGAAGCUUUCAAUGAUGAUUCAGGAAGCCAAUGCCAUCAGCAACAAAUUUAAAAAAUAUUAUGUUUUUGGCAGACAUGAUGCAUCAGAUAAAGGUAGUUGUGAAACUUCUAUUCGGGUUCGUAACCUACAACUUGGGAUCUCAACUUUCUGGAGUCUGGAAAAGUUUGAAUCUAAACUUGCAGCAAUGAAAGAACUUUAUGAGAGUAAUUGUAGUAACAGGGGUGAAGAUGUCUUUUGUGAUCCUGAAGACGAAUGGGAACCUGACAUUACAGAUGCACCAGUCUCUUCAUUUUCUAGAAGGAGGAGCAGGAGUAUGAUGAAGAAUAGAAGAAUUUCUGAUUGUUUACAUGACAUGCAAGUCCACCCAAUUCAGAAUUUGCAUUCUUCACAUUCAUCAGGCUUAAUGGAGAAAUCAAACUCCAUUUGUUCAAAUUCAGCAGAAUCGUAUCUCCCUGGAAUUUGCAAAGAAUUGAUUGGUUCAUCAGUAGAUUUUCUUGGACAGAGUUAUGAUGAAGAAGAAACAAUAGCAGAUAGCCUGAUAAAUAACUUUCUUAAAAUUUAUAAUGGACUGUUUGUCAUUUCCAAAGCUCAUGAAGAACAAGAUGAAGAAAGUCAAGAUAAUUUGUUCUCUUCUGAUCGGACACUCCAGUUACUUAUUAUCCAGAUUGCUUGUGCUUUUGAGCAGCUUGUGGUUUUAAUCAAACACUGGCUGAAUGAUUUUCUACCUUGUACUGAUUUAGCAACACUUGAAGAUGAAUUAAGACAAGAAGUUAAAAAACUGGGAGGCUACUUACAGUUAUUUUUACAGGGAUGCUGUUCAGAUAUUUCAUCAAUGGUAAAAGAGGCUCAAAAUAAAGUGAUUCAAAUUGUACAACAAGCUGUUAAGUAUGUGGGACAGUUAGCAGUUCUCAAAGGAAACAAGCUAUAUUUUCUGCAAAAUGGUAACAAUAAGUCUGCCAAUAUCCAGGAGGAACUCAUGGGUGCUAUUUGUGAUGGUGUAGGCUCGGGAAUGAAGAUUCUGUUAGAUUCUGGACUGGAAAAAGCAAAAGAACUUAAGCAUGACCUCUUAAGGCAGUGUGUACAAAAUGAGGUUACUAAACAGAUGAAAACUUGUGCCAUGGAAUUGAUCAGCUCUCUUGAAAAUAUCUUUUCUGAAUGGAAAAUAAAAAUUUUCAAAACUCAAGUACAAGAAGAUUCUGGAUACCAGGAUUAUAAAAAGAUGUCUAAUUUUGUCCCAGAAUUCUUGAAGUUAAAACAUUGCUUAGACAAAACCAUUCAAGUUAUCAUUUCUGCCUUGAGAGAAUGCCAUAAUGAUGUACAUCUUCUCAAGAAUUGUAUUGAAACUAUUUGCAACUUGGCCAGUGAUGUUCACAAUGACUUCAGGGACCUCUCCACUUCAGUUGACAGCUGUGAGAAGAAAAUACAAGCUAAUCACAGCAAAAUAGAAUCUCUAGCUAAGUCACUUCUCUUAUGUUUUGAAUCUGCAAAAAGACCUGAUUUGUUGAGACCCCAAGAAUCUUGUAAUCAAGAUACUAGAGAAGAAGAAUCCAAAUCAAGCUGCAGUAGGAAUAAAAGUGUACCAAAGCGUGUUUAUGAACUGCAGGACAAUAUGCCCCCAGCAGUCAGCUCAGAAGGGUGCAUGCCCAAUAGGAUUCAGUGGGUGUGAAUGCUAGUGCAUAGGCACUUGGUGAUCAUCCAUGAAAAAGAAACUUGGUAAGCAAUUUUCCUUAUGAAGGAGAAUGUAAAAAGAAAUCAGUGUAUUUAUUUCAAAGAAGUCCAGCCUGUCAAUGGCCUUACACUGGGUGUAAACAAGAUAAGUAUUAUGGAAUGGUUUUAAAAUGCUAGAAUGUAAACUCAGAAUUUUCUCAGCUGACAGUUUUAAACAAGUGUUUACUAUAUUGGAACAUUUAGCCAGGAGAAUGAAAUUAAGAAUUUAGGACUAAGUGAAUGGUUGUGUCUCUAGUUUUUCAAUUGUCUUGAAUUUUAAAUGUUUAACACUGAUAUGCCAUCUCUUGUUGGUUCAUUACUCUGCUUGUAGAUGGUUAUUUUUUCAUAAAUGGUGGAAAUGUGAAUAAUCAGUA